AGCCAGGGCAAAUGCAGAGAGCAGAUUUUUUUUUUUAAGUCAAAAGUUAACAGGCCAUUCCCGGUGUUGUUUCCCCCCUCCCCUUUAAUACUAAAUCUGGAGUAAGUUGGCUUGCUCUGAUAAAGAUCUUAACAUGUACAGAAGGCGGGUUUUCCUUAAGGAGGUGAGGCUAUUCCUCCAGGAGAAGACUCCCCACCACCGCACACACACCCCCUUCCCUCCCUUUAUGUAAGGUUCCACCCUCUGGAAAACAAAACCUUUUUUUUUUUUUUUUUUUUUUUUUUCCUGGAGGGACAGACCUCAGUGAAGUUGGGAUAAGAAUCUUAAGAACAGUCUACCAGAGUGGUAACGGCCACAGCGGCCUCUUUGGACGAAGACUUGCUUGUAGCAUUCCUGCUCUUCUCGGUGUCAGCUUUUAUUAGUGCUUUGGGGCGGGGGAGGGGGGAAGAUCGGCAGACACGGACGGCCGCUGACCCUCUGGAGUUGGUAUGUGAUAAGCAGCCCUAGCAGUGCCAUGUAUUGGAAAAGCGAUCAGAUGUUUGUGUGUAAACUAGAAGAAAAGGACGUGCCGGAGCUGGCAGUUCCCACUGAGAAGUGCCAGGGGCUCAUGUCGGAGGAGUGCGGGCGGAUUGCAGCCCUGGCGGCCGGGAGGACUCGGAAAGGCGCCGGGGAAGAGGGACUGGUGAGCCCCGAGGGAGCGGGGGACGAGGACUCCUGCUCCUCCUCGGCCCCGCUGUCCCCGUCGUCUUCGCCCCGGUCCAUGGCCUCGGGCUCUGUCUGCCCCCCUGGCAAGUGUGUUUGCAACAGCUGCGGCCUGGAGAUCGUGGACAAGUACCUUCUCAAGGUGAAUGACCUGUGCUGGCAUGUUCGGUGUCUCUCAUGCAGUGUCUGCAGGACCUCCUUAGGAAGGCAUACCAGCUGUUAUAUUAAAGACAAAGACAUUUUCUGCAAACUUGAUUAUUUCAGAAGGUAUGGAACUCGCUGCUCUCGUUGUGGGAGGCACAUCCAUUCUACUGACUGGGUCCGGAGGGCCAAGGGGAAUGUCUAUCACUUGGCAUGCUUUGCCUGCUUUUCUUGCAAAAGACAGCUUUCUACGGGAGAGGAGUUUGCUUUGGUGGAAGAGAAAGUCCUCUGCAGAGUGCAUUAUGACUGUAUGCUGGAUAAUUUAAAAAGAGAAGUGGAAAAUGGCAAUGGGAUUAGUGUUGAAGGCGCCCUCCUCACAGAGCAAGAUGUUAAUCAUCCAAAACCAGCAAAAAGAGCUCGGACCAGCUUUACAGCAGAUCAGCUCCAGGUUAUGCAAGCACAAUUUGCUCAGGACAACAACCCAGAUGCACAGACCCUUCAGAAACUGGCAGAAAGGACAGGCUUGAGCAGACGUGUGAUACAGGUGUGGUUUCAGAAUUGUCGAGCACGCCAUAAGAAACAUGUCAGUCCUAAUCACUCCUCCUCUGCCCCAGUCACAGCAGUCCCGCCCUCCAGGCUAUCUCCACCCAUGUUAGAAGAAAUGGCUUAUUCUGCCUAUGUGCCCCAAGAUGGGACGAUGCUAACUGCGCUGCAUAGUUACAUGGAUGCUCAUUCACCAACAACUCUUGGACUCCAGCCCUUGUUACCCCAUUCAAUGACACAACUGCCAUUAAGUCAUACCUAAUUCCUUUUUUCAGGGAUAGAAAUGAUUAAGGAUAUAAUCUUGUCAUUUAUUAUGUACAAAAUACCAUUGAAAAGAUAUUAAUGUUAAUUUUUUAUUUAACACUCAAAGCAUUUUCAACAUCACUUUGCUAACCAGGUAUGUAUCUAUAGUUGGCCUGCAAGACACUUUUAUUGAGUCUUCAUUUUUUUGUAAAAUUUAUGUUUACAAGAAGA